CAUUUGGGAAAGCCGUAGCUUUCAGGGCAGCACCAACCUCCCUCUUCGGGCCGCUUCCAACAUCACGGCGAGAGGAGCUUCCAACAUCACGGCGAGAGGAGCUUCCCCACGCCCCCACUUUCCCACUGCCUCCCUAUGGACCCGCCGUGGUCCCGGCCCACGAGGCAUCCACCCAUAUAACCAGAAACAAACAGCCUUCCCGCACACUGUCACACCAGCUCCGGAGUCCCCUUGCCUCCACGGCGCGGCGCUCCUCCUCUCCUCUCCCGCCGUCUCCGCCUCACGGGCGCGCCCGAGCUCGAAUCGCCGCCGGCCCAACCGGGAGCGCGCGCAAGCGGACGCGAGGUUGAGCCGUCAUGGAGCCCGACGACGAGCGGGAGCGGGCGCUGGCGCCGCAGCGGAAGGGGAUAUCCUACAGCCAGCCGCUCUCGCGGGACGCGGUGGCGCAGGCGGCGUACGCGCGCCACGCCGCGCUCAGCUCGCACAGCCUCGACGACGACCCCAUCGCCUCCGCCUCGGCGCACCGCCACGACCCCGCGCGCAGCGUGUCGUACCCCCACCAGCUCCCGCCCCACCACCGCCACAGCCGCGGCGGCGAGUCCAUGUACCUACACGCCGCCUCCUUCAGCGGCGGCCCCGGCGCCGGCGCGGUGACGCUGGAGCGGGCCGUGGCGACGUCGGAGCACGGGGGCGCGGCCGGCAGGGGCGCACUGCAGGAGUUCGUCGGCGCGGGCGGGGGCGAGGGCAUCUUCCGCGUGCCGCUGCGCGCAGCCAUGCACCCUGGCCGCCCGCCGGCGCUCGAGGUGCGGCCCCACCCGCCGCGGGAAACGCAGGUGUGCUCCUUCCUGCGGACGCUCGCGUGCGAGCCGCAGCUUCGCCAGCUGUGGGCAGGGACCGAGUCCGGGGUUCGGGUGUGGGGCCUCGACGAGCUGUUCGCCGGGAGCGUCGCGGGGGCGCGCCGGGGAGACGAGGAGACCGCGCCGUUCACGGAGUCCGUGCCCGCGCCGCCAGCGCUCUGCGUCGCGUUGGACAGCGCGAACAAGCUCGUGUGGACGGGCCACAAGGACGGGAGGAUCCGGGCGUGGCGCAUGGACCUCGCCGCGGCGCCGGCGGCUGCAGCGGAUGGUGGCGAGAAUGCGCCCAUGUUCAAGGAGGCCCUGUCGUGGCAGGCGCACAGCCGCACCCCGGUGCUCUCCAUGGUCGUCACAUCAUACGGUGAAAUAUGGUCAGGCACCGAAGCGGGUGUUAUAAAGGCAUGGCCCUGGGAUACCAUUGCUAAGUCCCUCUCACUAACACCAGAAGAAAAAUAUAUGGCUUCUUUAAUGGUCGAAAAUGCGUAUAUUGACCUUAGAAACUAUGUCACAGUUGGUAACAUGUUCUCUUUGCCCACUACUGAUGUGAAACACAUGCUUGCGGACCAUUGUCGAGCGAAAGUUUGGAGUCUAACUAGCAUGACGUUUGCUAUUUGGGAUGCUCGGACAAGAGAGUUGUUAAAAGUAUUUGGCAUGGACGGCCAAGUGGAGUCAGCUCGUUUAGAGCCACUAGUGAUGCCAGAACAAUUUAUAGAGGAAGAAAUCAAAGUAAAACCCACAAAGAAGGAGAAAAACCAAGGCUCUUUCACCUUCUUACAGAAAUCUUGGAAUGCCUUGAUUGGGGCAGGCGGUGCAGUACGCAGAGUUGCAACUAAAGGAACAUUCGUCGAAGAUAACCGUCGAACAGAAGCAGUGGCUCAAGCAAUGGAUGGAGCAAUUUGGUCAGGUUGCACAGAUGGCUCGAUUAUUAUGUGGGAUGGAAAUGGGAAUUGGCUAAAAGAGUUCAGUUAUCAUAAUUCUUCUGUUCAAUGCAUAAAGGCACUGGGAGAAAAGGUGUGGGUGGGCUAUGCCAGUGGUGCUGUUCAAGUCAUGGAUGUUGAAGGUAACCCUCUGGGAGGAUGGACCGGACAUAGCUGUCCAGUCAUUCAGAUGGCCGUUGGUGGUUCUUACAUCUUUACUCUAGCCCAUCAUGGUGGUAUUCGAGGAUGGCCUCUAACUUCUCCUGGGCCUCUGGAUGAUAUUCUGCGAACGGAAUUGGCGAAGAGGGAGUUGUCCUAUACAAGGGUAGAGAACAUUAAGAUGCUUGUUGGAACUUGGAAUGUUGCACAGGAGAAAGCAUCACCUGAAUCUCUUUGGUCAUGGUUGGGUAGUGCAUCAUCUGAUGUUGGAUUGGUGGUGGUUGGCUUGCAAGAGGUUGAGAUGGGUGCUGGAGUUCUUGCCAUGGCUGCAGCUAAAGAAAGUGUAGGGCUUGAGGGCAGUGCCAAUGGGCAGUGGUGGAUAGAUAAUAUUGGCAAGACACUUGAUGAGGGGAUAUCCUUCCACCGAGUUGGCUCGAGGCAGUUGGCUGGAUUACUUAUUGCUGCAUGGGCAAGGACAGACCUUAAGCCACAUAUCGGUGAUGUUGAUGCUGCUGCGGUGCCAUGUGGCUUUGGACGCGCUAUUGGCAACAAGGGUGGUGUUGGGUUAAAAAUGAGAGUUUACGAUCGUAGGAUAUGUUUUGUGAACAAUCAUUUUGCCGCACAUCUAGAAAAUGUUACUCGUCGCAAUGCUGACUUUGAUCAUAUCUAUCGGACAAUGAAUUUUAACAAACCUCAUGGAUCUGCAGCUUCUGACACGUCUGUCCAAUUGCAUAAAGCAGUGAAUGCCAAUGGGAAUCAGCCUGAUGAAGAUAGACCUGAGCUAGCAGAAGCCGAUAUGGUUGUUUUUCUUGGUGAUUUCAACUACCGACUUUAUGGUAUCACCUAUGAUGAGGCAAGGGAUAUGGUCUCGCAAAGGAGCUUUGACUGGCUUAGAGAAAGGGAUCAACUUCGAGCAGAAAUGAAGGCAGGAAACGUGUUUCAAGGAAUGCGUGAAGGUUUUAUCAGAUUUCCUCCAACUUACAAAUUCCAAAGACACCAACCAGGUCUUGCAGGGUAUGAUUCGGGUGAGAAGAAGAGAAUACCUGCUUGGUGCGAUAGAAUAGUGUAUCGAGAUAGCCGUUCCGAAACAAUACGUGAAUGCUCAUUAGAGUGCCCUGUUGUUGCUGCAAUUACAUCAUAUGAAGCGUGCAUGGAUGUGACAGAUAGCGAUCAUAAACCAGUGAACUGUACGUUUAGUGUUGAUCUUGCAAGAGUGAACGAGCUGAUAAGAAGACAGGAGUAUGGAAAAAUAAUCGAAUCGAAUGAAAAGCUACAUUGUUUGCUUCAAGAAUCCCAUCGUGUUCCAGACACUAUAAUCAGCACAAACAACAUUAUAUUGGAAAACGAGGAAACUGUUGUCCUUCGAAUAACAAAUAACUGUGGAUCAAAAAAGUCUGCUUUUGAAAUCUUAUGUGAAGGCCAGUCGACAAGCCAGCAGGACGGAACGAAAUCUGAUUUUAUUCCAAGGGCAUCCUUCGGCCUUCCACAUUGGCUUGAGGUUCAACCAUCCAUCGGCCUCAUCGAGCCUGGAGAAACAAUGGAAGUUAACGUGCAUCACGAGAACUACUACACGCAAGAAGAAUUCGUCGAUGGAGUCGUGCAAGGCGGAUGGUGCGAACUGACCAGAGACAAGGAUGCCGUCCUGCUGGUCAAUGUGACAGGCAGCACCUCAACCGAAACCGUUACGCACAGGAUCAACGUCCGGCACUGCUGCGCCGCAAGCCCGGCGCCCCGGCCGGCCAGUCUACUGUCCAUCGCCGCCCCGCCGCCCGGUGACGCUCCGUCUAGCGAAGGCCCCACGGAACGUUCUUCCAGAAAGAGCCAGUCGAACCAUCUGCAGCGUUCGGACGCGCAUUUCGGCGCCUCAGAGGUGCAUGACCUGUGCCGUCUGCGGGACAUGUAAGGGCUUUUCUCUUGUUUGAUUGAUGUAGUAGCAGUUUUGUAUAGGGGGCGAGGUAAUAGUGUGCUUACCAACAAGAAUCAGGGAGGAGCUGCUCCACUGUUAACGCUGUACAUAUGCAGCCUCUCACCAUUCUUCGUGUAACCAAGGAAGAAUUGCAUAGUUACAGGACAUAAUCUGUAGUUAGUUUUUUUUUUAACUUUUUUUUGGUGUGUGGAGGAGUGCAUGUGAUGUGGAAUGACUUUCUAUAUAUACUUAAGCCGCGUUUGGAUUGAGUGUAAAAUAAUACAAUACAAGUGUAUUAAUUUUA